CCUGCAGCCUCCCUACUUCAAAACCCCCCAUUUCUCUUAGCACAGUCGCUAGGGUUUAUCAAUCUCAUUUGCGAAAAUGGCGAGUCGAUGCCUCGCUCGUCGCGCCCUUCUCUCCACUGCCAGACCGCCGGUCUCCAUCGUUUCUCAAUCCUACACCACGGCCGCGGCCGCCUCCUCCUUCGGCGUCCUCUCCAGGCCCGCCUUUGUCUUCCGCCUCCGGCCUCUCGUUGCCUCCGCCUCCGCCUCCUACUUCCGCCGCCUUACCCCGGUGACAUCUACAAGGGGAUUCGCCACCCGACAGAGGACGUCGUCCCUGAACGAUCAGAACCCGAACUGGUCGAAUCGACCCCCGACGGAGACGAUCCUGCUAGACGGCUGUGAUUUCGAGCACUGGCUGGUGGUCAUGGAGCCUCCGGAUGAGAACACAACGCGGGACGAAAUCAUCGAUUCGUACAUCAAGACUCUUGCUAUGGUCUUGGGGAGUGAAGAAGAAGCAAGGAUGAAGAUUUAUUCAGUCUCUACGAAGUGUUACUUUGCCUUUGGAGCUCUUGUGUCGGAAGAGCUUUCUCACAAAAUAAAAGAACUUCCUAGAGUUCGUUGGGUGCUCCCGGAUUCAUACUUAGAUGUGCAGAAUAAAGAUUAUGGAGGUGAGCCAUUUAUCGACGGCCAAGCUCUUCCCUACGAUCCGAAAUACCACGCGGAAUGGUUGAGAAACAACUCACGGGCCAACGACAGGAACAGGCGCAAUGACAGGCCUCGUAACUUUGAUAAAUCUCGAAACUAUGAGAGAAAUCGUAACUUCAAUGCUCCACCUCCUCCGCAAAAUGCUCCCAAUAUGGGUGGAAAUAUGAGGCCCCCUCAAAACUUCAAUGCUCCACCUCAGCAAAAUGCUCCAAGUGUGGGUGGAAAUAUGAGACCCGCGCAAAACUUCAAUGCUUCGCCGCCGCCAAAUGUGGGUGGGCCGAGUGGGGGACAAGGAAACUUUGGAAGAGAGAUGGCGCCUCCUAACAACAAUUAUAGAAACUCGCAGUAUGGGCUAAACAGUGGGCCUGGCAUGCAGCCCAAUCAGGGGCAGAAUCAGAACAAUGGAUAUGCACCGCAGAAUGUUGGUGAGGGCAAUCAUUAUCAAGGGCAGAAUGGUCCGCCUCAGCCUGCGAAUAGGGGUUUUGGUCAGGGACAGAAUUCUGGUGGGUAUGGGCCAAGUGCAGGAUAUGGGCCUGGGCUGAAUCAAAACAGUUAUGGUCAACACGGGCCCGGGCCAAAUCACAGUGGCUAUGGGAAUCCUAUGCAGAACCAGAAUGUUCCUGGGAGAGAUUAUGUAAAUUGA